AUGUUACGAGCUGUAUCUGUAUUACGGCUGCUCUUGCUGCUGCUCCCCUCCUUGGCGGAAGAACCUGUAGAACCGGAAAUGACAGUCAAUGUGUACGAAGGUCCCAGCAUGAAUGGCGGUGCCUGUCCGAGCGUGGAAGAUACGAUUCUCAAGGGCAACGAAGCGACAAUACACUAUACCGUCAGCAUUGACGCUUCCUCCGAGGCGGGCGAGAAGGGUCGUGUUUUGCAAACGACCGUGGACGGUGAACCCUUGGAGAUUACCUUGGGUCAUGGCGAAGUGAUUCCCGGUUGGGAUCAUGGAUUGAUGGGUCUUUGCAAAGGAGACAAGGCCAUUCUCGUGGUCCCUCCACACAUGGCAUACGGUGACCAGGGUACGGGUGAUGGACCCGACGAUAUUCCCGGUGAUGCCACUCUCAAAUUUGAUGUCGAAAUUGUCAGUGUCGAAGACGGUCGCAAUGAAGAACAGGACGAGGAAGAAGCCAAGGAAAUGUUUGAAAAAGCCGAUAAGGAUGGAGAUGGAAAGCUUUCUCGAGAGGAGUUCAAUUCCUUGUUUGAUGAACAACUAAAAGAUGUCGAGGAUGAAGACGAAUUGGAAAUGAUUCAUGAGCAGCUGACGAAUUUCUGGAACGGUCAAGAUAAGGACGAAGAUGGAUUCUUGACUUUGGAGGAAUUCUUGCAAUCAAGCCACUUUGAUUCGGACCCUGGAUACGAAAGUGACCCACAGGAGGAAUUUGAUGCUCUCGAUAAGGACGGAAAUGGAAAACUGGACAAGGAAGAAAUCAGUGGGUUCUUUGGCGAUUUGGGACAAGAAGUACCAGAGGAUUUUUGGACACAUUUGGAUGAGGAUGGAGAUGGCUUUAUCAGUUUUGAGGAAUUCUUUGCCGAGGGUGAUGAAUUCGAACAUGACGAAGAUUUCAACGAUGAUGAGGAAGAAGAUGAGUUAUAG